CCCCGCGAGGUCGGCCUGUGGGGCGUCUCUCUCCUUGCGGCGGCGCGCACGAGCAGAGCAGGAGCUGCGGCCAUGGCGGGACAAGCAUUUAGGAAGUUUCUUCCUCUCUUUGACCGGGUGCUGGUGGAAAGGAGUGCCGCAGAAACCGUCACCAAAGGAGGCAUUAUGCUCCCGGAGAAGUCUCAAGGGAAAGUGUUGCAGGCGACAGUAGUGGCUGUGGGAUCGGGCUCUAAAGGAAAGGGUGGAGAGAUUCAGCCAGUUAGUGUGAAAGUUGGAGAUAAAGUUCUUCUCCCAGAAUAUGGAGGCACCAAAGUAGUUCUAGAUGACAAGGAUUAUUUUCUAUUUAGAGAUGGUGACAUUCUUGGAAAAUACGUAGAUUGAAAUCUGUUGAGAUGGCAUCACAUGAAGCUGCCCAUUCCAGUGACGUUCUGAAAUCUUUCAUCAUGUAAAUAAUUUCCGUGUCUUCUUUUAUAAUAAACUAAUGCUGUCUAAUGACGCCCAUUGUCUCAAAACUUUAGUUCCACGGUUCCGGUGUAAACAUUUCCAAAUAAAAUAUACAAACAAA